GCCCAGAACAAGAAGGUUGAGGCUUCAUUAAGCCCUGGAGACACACACCUUCUCACAAGUCAAGAAUCUGCAAAAUUUUGUUAGUUGUCGAGCCUCACGGUACGGUGAGGCCAGGUGCUUGCAGCAGCAGCAGCGGACUCCCGGUCUUUGAAACUUGUUGCUAGUGUUUGGUCAUGCAACACGUUACGUGCUGAUCAUAAAGAAGUCGUCCAAGCCCGAAAGCUCUGAACUCUGCCCUGCCACUGUCAGUGAGGACUCGAGUCGACAGGGUAGGAAAUUUCCACGAUGUGAACUCUGCCACAAUAUCUUCUUGUUGUCUCUGCAUUUAAUCUGUCCGUCCCGCCAGCCCGCUAGCUUGGCCGGCUCGGGGUGGCUAAUCAUGAUCAUCCCCUUCACUGAUGCGAUCGAGCAGCCGGAGGUGAGGUUGAGGCAUAAGCCUCCAGCAGAUCGAAGGAGUUGCCCUGGAAAAGCUGAGAAAGUGAAGGAUGUAUGUUCGAUAAUGUUUGAGACUGGAGAAAGCGGGGACAAAUUGGACCUAUGCAUGCUUCUCCGCUGGAGUGGCACCCCUGAGAUUUUUUGGUGGUGAGUUGACGUAUGGGAGGAUGUUCAACAACUGACCUUAGAAGCCAGGAAGAUGAAAGCUGGAAAGUGGUCCUUAUUAUGCUCAGGGACAGACAAUGUCAAUUUCUGCCGCCAUCACAUGCGACCUCAAAAUCUCUCACUCUGCAGGCAUCUAUUCUGCUACAUCGUUCUGUGGUUGUCCCGGAGGCAGACAGUUCGAGAAUUUCGAUGACAAUCAUGAAGAGGGAGGAGAAACAAGCUCCCAAGUGUCUGCCGUCAUGAGCUGUCUCUCAGGCAGAGAAAUCUCCUGACCACAAAUAAGAAGAAUACAGCUCAGGAUCUUCAAGAGAUUUCUUUUCAUGGUUUUUCCCAGGAGACUCAGAGGUUUUUCUGAUAGAAGUGCAUGUUUUGCUGGAUCUUUUCUUUUAUACCUGAUCUGAGGCUCUUAAUGAUCGGGAAGUAGAAUAGGAUCCAUCUGUGAAAAGCUCGGAUGAUCAUUGCAUCGUGGAGUUUGCUUGAGCUGUCAGAAUAUAUGGGCUGAAAUAGUGAAGACCAUACCCAACAUGCACACGUCCUUAUCGUAUCUCAGGAAAGACUGAAAUCCGUUGUCAGGGUCUUCC